AUGGCGGCGCGCAUGCUGCGGGUCUUGUGCCGGCCGCGGCCGCUCGCCGCGGGGCUCUCGCAGCGGGCCGCCGCCGGGGCCGAGUUCCGGAGCGCCUACAGCCUGGACAAGCUGUACCCGCCGCGGCAGGGCGCCGACGCCGGCGGGGCGGGAGACAAGACCGAGCCGGCGGCCCUCGACAUUCCCAUGGAUCGACUGACUAUAUCCUACUGCCGGAGCAGUGGUCCUGGUGGCCAGAAUGUUAAUAAAGUGAAUACAAAGGCAGAAGUUAGGUUCCACCUGGCCUCAGCAGACUGGAUUCCAGAAGAUGUGAGACAAAAAAUGGCACUGAUGCACAGAAAUAAGAUAAACCGAGCUGGUGAGCUGAUUGUGAACUCUGAAGAGAGUCGCUACCAAAUGAAGAAUUUGGCGAUUUGUUUAGAAAAAAUCAAAGUCAUGGUUACAGAAGCUACUGAGAAACCUAAGGUGGUGUCUAAGGAGACUGCCCAGCAGCUCAUAGCCAGGGUGGAAAAAAUGAACCGUGAACGACUGCGACAGAAAAAGAUACACUCAAAUAUAAAACAGAGCAGGAGGGCAGACUUUGACUGAGAAUUGCAGAGACAGAAGUCCUUGGCAUACCAUCUUUUGAAAGAUACAAUGUUGGCAACAACAGAUGAUACUCAACCUAUGAGUUACGCUAAAUAAAGCCGGUCUAAAAAUGUAAAUAAAAAUAUUCAACAUCUUUUUGAACCUAA